AUGUCUAGCUACAAAAAUGUAAUUCCGAAGAGGAGCUACCAGGAAAGGGGGCAAGCCAAAGAGAGGCUACACCUCGGGGAGUUGGAAAAAAAAGUGGACUAUGGAAAGAGGAGAGAAAUAUAUAAGAAAAAAAAAAAAAUAGAAAAUGUGCUGAAGGAAAAAAUUAUGAACAGAAAUCCGGAUGAGUUCCACACGGGUAUGGUUCAUUCAAGGAUAACAGAUGGUACCAACGAAUUAGAAAAAGAGGAGAAAGUGCUGAAGACAGACGUGGUGUUAAAACACAAGAGGAAGGAUCUGAAGGAGCAAACGAAUGCAUUAUAUAGAAAAUUAAAAAAAAUAAAUAAAGCGCUGGAAAAUUACUACAUAAAUGUCCCCCUGAGAUAUCUGUUUAACAACUCACAUGAACUUUACAACGAGAAGGAAGACACUACCACUACCUAUGUGCUGAAGGCGGAAAAGAAAAAACUGAAAAGCAGAGCUGUCGUUCUUCAGCGAAGGUACAACUCGUUGCUUAACUUAAAAAAGAAUGUCCUGUCCCAAAUACGCAAAAUAGAUAACACGUAUGCAAAUACGUACAAGGAUGUGGAUGGGUAUUGUGUCCUUAAGGGUGUUGGCGGUGCUCCCAAUCGGUUCUUUGCGCCACGCUUGAGAUAG